AUGAUGAUCAUCCUCUCGUUUUGUAUUCUGCUACGAUUAAAUUUUGUGUGCAGUCUGCCCUUGAAGGAAAAGAUACCUGUGGAUGUAAACAUACGCGAGCAUCGCAUAACGUACGUUACAGUUAGCCCAUCAGUUAGGUUUUUUGGGGGUGUAAACUACAACAUUCAACGGGGAUGCAGGCAUACUCACAUUAUUGGCGAUAUCCUAGACGGUGAUAAACUUAUUAUCUCGGGAGAUUCCACGGCUGUGAGCAGAUACCUCCUGACUAUUGAACGCGAGGAUAACACGAAAUACAUCCGAGUAAUCACCAGACGGAAACUUGGGAGGAAACACUCUAGCCAGGUCCACGAGUUUAUAAAGGAACAUAAUGACAUCAAGUUUUACAAAGUCUUCCGGAUCCCCUUGCAACUGGACAUUUUAUCACAGCAAACCGACAAGUUUGUAAAUGCUGACGUUGUCGUCGACUGGGAACCAAAGAAGAGUUUGGUUGAAUGCUAUACUGAUGGCCAAGUGCCAGAGGAGGAAACUGAAAAGAUUGGCAUCCCGAGAGACCUCGAUAUUCUGCCAGUCAAGUUCACAGUAAAGGACGAUAUGCAAGACGACUAUGUUAUCAGCACUGUAAAGUAUGGGAGAGUGAUUUUGGACACUGGAUCAGACACGUUGAUAAGUAGAGAAGUCUCAUGGGAAGGAGGUAUUGACGAUCCUUACAUACAAAUUGUAUCAAGAUACAACAAUUGGACUCAAAGCGUAGUCAAGUACAAGUAUAUCGGAGGAGAAUACGACAGAUUUUAUAUCUACAAGAAGAAAAUAAAUCAACUUGAUCUACGGGAGUGA